ACAUACUUAUAACAACACAUGCAAUAACCAUUUUUGUGUACGUUUAAUGUCAAAAGUCAGCCGUAAACAUUCAUGUUUUUCAAUUUUUUCCUUUUUGAGUCAAAUAUAUUAUCGACCCGAUGCUCGAGACGCUAUGCGUCUGCGUGUAUAUAAACAAUCCAGCGUUUCGAUUCUAAGGGUAUUCGUGCUGUGGAAAUUCGUUUAUCAUCAUCAAAUUUUGACAAAACCGGCUGUAUGAAGCAUUAAGGAAUGGGGUUACACAAAAUCUCUAGUGUUGGAAGGCUGUUACUGAUAAUAAUUGGAUUGACGUGGGCUCAAGAGGAUUCUCUUCGGAGCGCAUUAAAUGCAAUUGAUCGACGCCAAAGAGAUUUAUCUGAAUUUUCUAGAUAUGACGAUGACAGUUUAGGAGAAUAUGGAUAUUCGUUAGAUGGUCCUGAUGACCUUGCAUUUUUAUCUCCAUCUGAAUAUAACACAGAUCGUGACCUGGACAAGAAUCCGGCAUUCGAACAAUUUUUAUUAGAUUAUCUGGAAGACGGUUCUUAUCUCGAUUCAGGGCGUGCUAAUCGUGAUGAUGAUGUUAAAAAGAGAAUUUCCUCCUCAUUUAGAGAGCGCUUGGAGGAGGAUAAAGAACGACAAUUAGAGGAAUUAGCACAAAGUUUUCUGCCAAAUUCCGAAAAUUACCAAGAAGGGAACGAUGACGAUUAUAGUCAACUAAUUAGAGAACUUUGGGAGAAAUACCGAAACUAUCCUAAUUUAUACAAUCAUCCAAGGGUUUACUACAACAAUGAAAACAAAAAGAGGUCUUAUUAUCCCGGUCUUGGAUUGGACAGCAUUGGAUUAAGAAAACGCAACAAAUACUACGACUCAGACUUAAACGACUCUCCUUAUUUAUACAACUACAAUUCAAGAGAUGAUUUCUAUAACAAAUAUCAAGAUGACGACGAUAGAGACACCGAUUCAAAUUAUUACGACUGGACUAAAAACAAACACCAUAAAAGAGAACGGAAAUACGAAUCCAGACAGCGGUCGUAUCCAAUGAAACGCUUUCCCGUAUCAAAGAGAAGCAGCAGCUAUGAACCCCCGCAAUCAGAAAUCACCCACGAGCAUAAACGUUCAACAACCAAAAAAGAUUCAGUUGAAAAGACCGAUCCAAAAGUAGCCAAAGACUUGAGUAACAUUUUCGGAACCGUUACAACCGAAAAACCCGCAACCUUCAAACCCGAAAAAUCCAAAACGGCCAAAAAAGAACUCGCUAAAGAAACAAAACCAAAAGUGACAUCUUCGAAAAAAGCAAGCACGUCCAAAGAAGAGGUAUCUGGAAUAAUAAGCGAGAAGCCUCUCCAAAUCCAGAAAAAAUCAAUCAAUUGGUCUGAUUACUUCGGCUUAGACCGGCGCAAGAAAUCCGAUGACGAACUCGACAAACAGUGGCUGUUGGAACGCUACCAUAAAGCAAUCGCCUUGGCCAGUAAACGAAACGCCGAAUACCCACUCCAGUCGUUCAAAAACCACGACCAACCGAGCAAGAAAGAGUCGGACAAAAAGAACAAAUUCGAAGAAUUAAAACUGUCCGAAAUGGACGCAAAACUGAAAAACAUGGAGGACACAAUCAUCGACGAUGCGCUUAAAUUCACCGGGGCUCACGAGGGUUCUAGCGAUUCCCAAGAAAUCCAAGAAGUGAAGGACCGAGUUAUUUCGCGAUUAGCGGCCGCUUACAGCUUGGAAAAGAUGCGACGGGCCUUAGGCGAAUACAAACUAAGCGUCGAGAAGGAAAAGGAGCGAUUAAAGCAACAUAAAAGCGACGAUUAUGACAUUUCGGAAGAUAAAAGAGUGUCAGUACCGAGAAAGCAAGCUGUCGACGAAGAUAGAGAGAAAAAUCCAGAGGGGGAUAAUAACAUCAAGUGCUCCCAAGGCGACGAAGACUGCGAAGAGCAAAAUUAUCGAGCACCCUCUGAGAUUUUAGAACAAACAGUUUUCGAGGAGUGUCCCAAAGUUCAAAGAGCGUGCAAUGAGGUAGCUACGGCUCUGAGUCACUAUGCCAGAGUUUUUGAGACGGCGUGUAACAUGCAUCAGAUGUGUCUCCUAUGUAGUAAUAAUAGCUGGUUUGCCCCCACUCGUCAAUGCAACGUCCUAUUUUUGACCAAAGUAUUUGAAUUGUGCGAUGGAAAACAGGAAUGUCAAAAGGAGGCCCAAAGGUCGGUCAGAUAUUUGUUGGAUGUGAACCGGUCACUAAGGUUGGAACCUUUGGGAGAGUGCGAACUCGCUUGUCCUGACAGACGAUAAAUGAGACGAUCGAUGUCCAAAAGGGUCGUUAAAAACCCUUUAACUGAUUUCUCUCAGCCGCCAUCUAAACUGUAUCGAUAUUUACUGACAGCCUUGAUUUAUUUCAAUGGGUGUAUUAUCAUUGUAACUUAUUAAAUGUACACAUAGUAAAUGUUGCUUCAGAAAUGACAUUAACACUGAAGUUUGUUGUUAAAUAUUUAUAUUCUAUUUGUUUAUUCGAAAUAUACAGCGAUUUAUCUUAACACAUUCUAAAACACGUUCAAAGUAAUAAAUUCCAAUUUAAUUAAAUUACUGUACAGCUUUAAAUUCUCAUUGUUGUAUCUAAAUUUUUUAGAAACAGGGAUGCAUUGAACGUGAUUUUAUUAUGAGCAAUUGAUUGGAGUCGAUAUGGUGAUUUCAUCAGUGCCCUGGAACGAUCGUGACAAUAAUCCCAAAAUAUCUGAUUAAAUUAAUAAAUUUUUGACAGGGCUUGUUCAGCAUUUAAACCCACAAUUGAAAUUGCCGUAUCAAAACCAUCGAUUUUGCUUAGAAAAAAGGACUGUGCUAUUGUAUUAACGGUUUCAAUAUAUUUUAAUGGUAAAAUAGACAAUUUUAUUUGAUGUUGAA